UUGAGAAGAAUUUUUGUUUUUCUUUUUUUUUUUGAAUUAUUUCCAGUGGAUAUAAAUUUUUGAAGGAGAUGGUGCAGUUUCUGUGGAUUACUCGGAUCGCUUGCCUCAUACGCUUGUGGUUCGCGAUUUUGAUAUUUUUUGCUUCUUCUUUUCGGUUGCUUCUUAUUUAGCUGAUAUAUGCAGUGACAUUGCCGUGGCAUACGUACACUACCGGGAACAGAGGAUGUGGGCAUUCAUAUUUAUCGCUGUCCUCACUGUUUUGCCUUCAGUUUUGUUGAAUAUCGUUUCGUUUUUAUGGUGGAUUGAUGAUGUAUCAGUGCGUGCCUCUCUACAGAACACCAAGCCUGAUUACUCGAAACAGUUAUUUUUCCGUCUCGUUAUAUCCCUAUUGCAGGUUGGUCCAGUGCUAUGGUAUUUGGAAGCAGCUUUAGCGGCUAUCCGUUUUCGAUUAGCGGAAAAAAGGAGUGAGAAAUUAGCCUUAUAUGCGGCCAUGGUUGCAGCGGAAAGAGAUGCCUCACUGCUGAGGUUUUUUGAGGCAUUUUUGGAAUCAGCGCCACAGAUGCUUGUUCAGGGCGUUGUUUUAGCACAUGCAUUUUACUCAUUGCAUCCAGCCGGUGCUGUUCCUCGAGGAAUGCUCAUUCAAGUGAUUUCAAUAUCGUUUUCACUGUUGUCUUCCUGCUGGUCAUUUGUUAUUCAGCACAGGAGUUUGCGGAUUAGUCGACCAGACAAGAGAAAUGUCACUCCAGUUGGUGCUUUACUUCAGGUUUGGCUUUAUAUACCCUUUGUAAAAAGAGCCACAGUUCUGUGCCUGUGUUUUUCGGUUCGAUUGAUUUCAAGGCCGCUAGUACCACUUUGAUG